AUGGCGGAUGAGGUACUUCUUUUAAAUUUCUGGCCCAGCUGCUUCGGUGCGAGGGUGAAAAUUGCCUUGGCUGAAAAGGGUAUCAACUACCAAUACAGAGAAGAGAACCUCCUCCAAGAAAAGAGCUCUUUAUUACUUCAAGUGAAUCCAAUUACUAAGAAGAUUCCUGUGUUGAUCCAUAAUGGGAGACCCAUCUGUGAAUCUCUCAUCAUUGUACAAUACAUCGAUGAGCUCUGGAAGGACAAAGCUCCUUUGUUGCCUUGUGAUCCUUAUCAAAGAUCCCGGUCUAGGUUUUGGGCUGAUUACAUCGAGAACAAGUGCUAUGAAUGCAUAAGGCAAAUAUUAUACAGUGGAAAGGAAGAAGAACGAGAAGCAGCUAAGAAGGACUUUAUAGACAUGUUGAAAGUGUUGGAACAAGAGCUUGGAGACAAGCCUUACUUUGGGGGUGACAAUUUUGGGUUCGUGGAUGUGAGUCUUGUGCCUUUCUAUAGUUGGUUUUAUGCCGUAGAGACGUUUGGGAACUUUGGCAUAAGAGCCGAGUGCCCAAAGUUGAUUAUAUGGGCCAAGAGGUGCUUGCAGAUGGAGAGUGUGGCCAAGUCUGUUCCUGAUCCACAUAAGUUGUACUACCAUGCUCUUCAAUUGCGCAAGAAGUUUGGCGUGGAGUAG